AUGGCGGACGCCGGACAUAAUGACGACCUUUCUCAUGUGGAAAUAGAGGAGACAGAUGGGAUAUCUACAGAAGACAUGGAAAAGGUCUUCGACUGUGAUGAACCAAACGACUUGGUUAUUAGUGACGAUGAGGACCAGCAAAGUCCAUCUAGUUCCAGUGUUUCUGAUGCUGAUGUUCGGGAGGUGGUUGACGACUCGUCGUGCGCUUUGCAAGCCCACGAACAAGACUGCUUCUCAGUUGCUGUUGCUGCUGAACGGUGGUUGGCGACUGGAGGGGAGGAUGAUGUUGCGUAUUUAUGGGACUAUCAAAUAUCCGACUCUGAUCCAGUGCUGAAGGUAGACCACAAGGAUUCCGUUACCUAUGUGGUCUUUAAUAACUCCCAAACACUUCUGGCAACUGGUGACAUGUCGGGACAUAUCAUUGUUACUCAAUUGAGGGACCUGAAAAACCGCGCUAAGAUCGACGACUGCAAUGAUUUAGAGUGGAUGUGUUGGCAUACAACAAGCGAUAUUCUUUUUGCUGGUGACAAAGAUGGGAUUAUGUGGAUGUGGCUGAUUGGGCCUUCUGGCGUUGUUCAGUCCAAAGUGUAUGCGGGAAGUGGAUUACCUUGUACCGUUGGUCAUAUUUUGCCAGACGGGAAAAGGCUGUUGGCAGGCUACAGUGACGGAGCAGCAAGAUUAUGGAACCUAAAAGAUGGGACAUGCACAACUCUUUCCAUUCUUACACCUGUCUCAGCAGUUCAUCACCAUGUCAGUCAGCCUGUAGGUGUACUUGGAGCCGAGGACGGUUCUGUACACGUCGUCAACACCUCUAAUGUCGACAAAUUAGUUGUGACUGCUGUUUUUCGACCACUCCUCCAACCAUCUAAAGAGAAUGAUGAAGAAAAUGUAGAAAAUUGUGUGGAAUGCGUGCAAUUCUCGCCGUUCAACUCGUGGUUAGCUGUUGGAAGAAAUGAUGGCACGCUGUGCAUCUACGAGAUAGAUUCAGCUGCUCCGCGAAGCAUUUUCAGAGCUCCUUCAGCCCAGGCAAUGGUGCGAGCAUUGUGGUCUGUAGAAGGAAGUACACCGUUUUUGUGCGUUGGAUGCGUUGAUGGAUUUGUUAGAGUGUUCGAUGCCAGAGACGGCUCGCUGUGUCAAGAGCUUGGAAAUGGUGGUGAUGAAGUUUUGGACAUGGCGCUAUUGCGAUCAAACCCUAUGCAUGUUGUGACAGCUGGGAGUGCAUGUUUGAGCAUCUUUUUGCAGAUGACUUACUACCAAAUGUACAGAAAUACGACGCUGGGAGAAGCCCUGCAAAAAACACUUGAUGACCUUGUUCAUGAGCAAAUGAUCCCAUUACAACUAGCGGAAAAAGUCCUCUUCAUUUAUGACAAAGCAAUCAAUAAAGCUCUGGCCCAGAAAGCCAAGAACAAGAUGUACUUCAAGGCUGAAAAGCUGCGAGCCUAUCGACAUUGCGACAACGUAUGGACUUUUCUGAUGGAAGGUGUAGAUUUUCGUGAUAGCAUACGGGAAUUGACUGCAAAAUUUUCUUUACAAUUUCCAAGAGUCUAG